AUGUUCAAUAGCGUUAAUUGUAUUUGGUGUUUUGUGCUUUGUCUAGUUUUUAAUGUUGUCAAGGUUGAAGCUGAUACAAAGUAUAACUCUGGAUUAACGUCAAGAUUUGUAUAUGCUUGUUUUUAUCAAAUGACUUCAGAAGUAACAUUCUGUCCAGCAACUGAUAUAAGCUGUGCAUGUACUAAUAAAAAUGCGCUUUCAACUAUAGCUGGAUGCUUGUAUAGCAUAGACAGAACUGAGAUUAAAUAUACUGACUAUCUUAUUGAAAAUUGUGGAUACUAUAAUGUUACAGUGCAUGAGGAUUGGUAUAAACAGUCAAUUGGGCAUUAUUUAUCAGAUGCUAAAUCAGCUAAGGAGAUUGAAAAUUUUAAUAAAUCUGUUCCAAUUGACACACCUUUCAUACUCAACAAAACAAAUACUAAAAAUUAUCAAGAUUCCUAUACAAGAUUUUACGAAAAUUAUGGUAAUAGUAUAAAUUAUGGUGCAGGAAUAUUAGGUUACUGGUUAUUAGUGUUGUUAUUGGGUGCUAUUGCUAAUUGGUCUAAGAUAUUGUUCCCAAAUUUAACUAAGAAAAUGACAAACCCAGUGAUUAGUUGGUGGAGAGCUAACAUUUCAAUGCCCGCAACUUUCAAUAAUAAAAGAGCUCAAGAACAAACAUUUUUAAAAAUUUUUGGUUUUUUAAUACCAUCAAGGUUUGAAACUAUUGUUAUAUUUUUGUCUUAUUGUAUUACUAUUUUAGUAUGUGCAUUAAAUAUAAAAGGAGUUGAAGGUGAUAUUAUUAAUGAAACAAAAUAUAUGUCAGAGAUUAGAUAUGUUGCUGAUAGGACUGGUAUAGUUGCGACUUUAAUGAUGCCAUUAAUAUUCUUAUUUGCUGGUAGAAAUAACUUUCUACAAUGGGUAGUACGUUGGAAUUAUAGUACGUUCAUGACAUAUCAUAGACAUACAGCUAGAAUAAUGUUUUCAUUGGUUGUUGUUCAUGCUGUUACAUUCACUAUCGUUUUCGUUCCUUAUUGGGCUGAAACGAUCAAAGAGCGUUAUUUUUAUUGGGGUAUAAUUGCAACUGUAUGUGGUGGUGUAAUAAUGAUGCAAGGAAUGUUAUACUUGAGAAGAAGAUGGUAUGAAAUAUUUUUGAUUGUACAUAUUUUGUUAGCCGUGUUCUGGGUUAUCGGAACUUGGUACCAUGUUGUUGAUCUUGGAUUUAUUUGGUUAGUUUAUCCUUCAAUUGCAGUUUGGUGUUUUGACAGGGUUGUUAGAAUUGGUCGUUUGUUUGCAUUUGGUUUUCCACAUGCUGAAGUAACUUUAUUAUCUGAUGAAACUUUAAAAGUUGUUGUACCAAAACCAAGUUAUUGGCAUUCAAUUCCAGGUGGUCAUGCAUUUAUCCAUUUUUUAAAGCCAACCUAUUUUUGGCAAUCACAUCCUUUUACAUUUACUGAUUCGGUUGAACAAGGUAGUUCUAUUAUUUUAUACGCCAAAGUUAAAGGAGGUAUUACUCAUAGUUUGUAUCAAACAUUAUCUAAACAACCAGGUAGAUCUUGCAAGAUAAGAGUUGGUGUUGAGGGACCAUACGGUGAAGCAACAGCUGCAAAAUAUGCAGAUACAGCUGUUUUUAUUGCUGGUGGUAAUGGUAUUCCUGGUAUAUUCUCAGAAGCAGUUGAUAUUGCCGUAAAUAGUAAAGAUGGUAAAAAUGUUGUUCAACUUAUUUGGGUUGUUAGAGAAUGGAGAUCAUUAUAUUGGUUCUAUGAAGAGUUAUUGAGCUUAAAGCAUACCAAAAUUGAAACAACUAUUUAUGUAACUCAACCAAAUAGUCAUAUUUUUAUUGACGAGUUUCAUAAUAGAUUUAAAGGUUUAGAAAGAUUAUCAUUAAAUAAAUCCGAAGAUUCCGAUGAAUUAUCAUUCAAUAAAGAAGAAACAUUAAAAGACAUUACUAAAAUUGAACAAAAUUCAUAUGAUGAAAAAAAUGAUGAAAAUCCAAAACAAAUUAUUGAAACUAUAAAACAAGAAUUAUCACAUAUUACGUUUAAAGAAGGUAGACCAAAUCUUGAAUCAUAUAUCCCUGAAAAUAUUCAAGAAUCAAAUGGUUCAAUCGCAUUUGUUGCAUGUGGACAUUCAGUAAUGGUCGAUCAAAUCCGUUAUCAUUGUUGCAAAAAUAUCAAUAAUAAAGAAAGAAAAAGAGUUGAUUUUUAUGAACAAGUUCAAAUUUGGGCUUAG